AUCUCGUGAAUAGCCCCCCCUCUGUGAAUUAAUCAGAGCGACUAGGGAUUCUCUGAGUGGCCAAGCCUGUCGCGUUCUGUAUACAUCCCACCCAUCAGACUGCCCUUAUCACCGCGGCUAUUGUGACGGGUGUUGGAACUCCUGCAUUUCAGCUGUCUCAGGCUAAGGUGACUUCUCAGGCUGCGCAGCUCGUUCCAACAACCAACAGAACAUUCAAAUUCGCCAAUGAGAAGAUGUGUCCUCCGCUGUGAAGUGUAAAUUUACAGCUCUGGGCUUUAAAGAGCAACGAACAUAAAUUCCCGGCCACGCUCAUGCAUUCUUCAUAGAUUUUUCAUACAAUAGCACCACGUUCUUACACUCGAAAAUCAGCAUGGCGAAAAUCACUAUUGACUCUGCAGCUCUUGACCAGCUGAAUAGUGCUGAGACCAGGACUCUCUUUGACGCCGCCGACAAACUGUCUUCCCUGGGCGUAGGCAGAAUCGUGAACCUGCCCCAGAUUAUCGUCGUUGGAGACCAGUCAUCCGGAAAGUCGUCUGUGCUAGAAGCCAUCUCCCAUGUCCGCUUCCCAGUCCAGGGGGGGCUCUGCACCCGCUUCCUAACCGAGCUAGUCCUCCGCCCGAGCAGCCGUCGUUGUGUGACGGCAACCGUUCAUUUCGCGCACAAAUCCAAGCCGGACGUUUCGUUGCAGGUUCCGGACUUCAGCCACGACGACAUCGGCAAGAUCAUCAAUGAGGCAAGAGAGGCAAUGGAUAUACCCGAGACAGGCCGCGGUUUCUCCAAGAGCGUCUUGCGCUUGGAGAUCGAAAGCCCCGACGUGUACCCCCUUACCCUAGUCGACCUCCCGGGAAUUUUCCACACCGAAACAGCAAAUCAAUCCACUGGGGGGAUGAAGCUUGUCAGGAAUCUUGUAGAAAACUACAUGAAGAAACCCAACAGCAUCAUUCUUACCGUCAUCUCCGCCAACAACCAGCUAGCUAACCAAGUUGUAAUGCGAGAGGCCGAGAAGCACGGCCCCACCAAGACGCGGACUCUUGGUAUCGUAACCAAGCCAGACCUUCUUCCCCCUGGCUCUUCAGAUGAGAAAGAGUACCUGCAGGUUGUUCAAGGACGGGACAGCGCCAACAACCUGAGGCUCGGUUGGCAUGUACUGCGCAACCGGGCGGACUAUGAGAAGAACACGGGCCCUCGCGAUACGGUCGAAGAAGAGUUCUUCAAAUCGAGCGCCUGGGCCUCGAUCCCCGCAGCAAACCGCGGGGUCGCUGCUCUGCGGACGAAGCUGAGUCACAUUCUCCACGAUCAUAUCAAGGGAAGCCUACCAGCAGUCCUGGAAGAAAUCAAGGCCAAUCUGUCCGAGCGGGAGGGGGAGCUGGAGAAGUUGGGGACACCGAGAUGUACAACCGAAGACAUGAGAGCUUACCUCAUCGACAUCGCCGGCAACUUCCAGAGAUUGGUCCACGACGGCAUCCGGGGACAUUACAACGACCCUUUCUUUGGCGGCUUCAACGGAACGGAGCGGAAACUUCGUUCCAGGCUCCGAAACUUCAACCGGGCCAUCAGACAUGUCUUGCUCGACUAUGGGGCGGCCCAGAAGGUCGUCGACAGUCAUGACGGGUUGGCUAAAAACUACGAGGCACCUGAAUAUCUCUCAGACCUUCUGGCAAAGUAUAACAGGGACAUCAAGCACCCUAACGAAAUCACCUGGAGAAAGCUGUCCAAGCAGCUAGAGGGCCAGGCGGCCGCGAAUCAGGGUACAGAGUUCCCGGGAUACGCCAACAUGGAAAUCGUGGUCCAGCUUUUCCAGAAUCAGUCAAAGCCCUGGCAGGGGCUUGCCAGUGUGCAUCUUAUCAAGGUGACGGACGUUGUCAAGGAUUUUGUGGACGAAGCCUUCGAGCACAUCAUCGGACCGUCCAGAUCAACCAGUACCACACGCGCCAUCCUGUCCACGUCCGUGGAUCAGUUCUUUGACGAGAAGGAACAGGUGCUCUCGGCCAAGCUGGAUGAGAUUCUGAGGCCGUUCAAAGAGGGUUACGCGUUGCCUCUCGACGCCGACUUCCAUGAAGCCAUGCAAAAGAUUAUCGAUGAGUGCGACGAGAGUAGUGAUAGUGACUCAUCCGACGGCAACAAGGAGUUUGGGAUUGGGCGCAUCGUAUACACGAUGCAAGCCUUCUACAAUAUGGCACUGCGGACGUUUACGGACAACCUCAUCAACCUCGUCAUAGAGAGCUGUCUGAUCCAGGAUCUGCCCGCUAUCUUCUCACCGAAACUCGUGAAUAGAAUGGACGACGAAAAGCUGAUGGAGCUCGCUGCCGAGUCCGAGGAGGUCCAAAACUACCGGUCCCAGCUCCGAGAGGAAAUCAAGCUCCUCAAGCAGGGCCUUCAGCAGUGCCGUCGAUACAAGCCGAAGGAGACAGCGGUUCUCUUUCCGCGCGAGUAACACCGCCGCCGUCUCGGCAUCGCACUCCGACAUCUGCAGGGUCCAAGACUCCCGGUUCGUCUGAUCUUUCAGACUCGAUUGACGGUAGAUCCGAAGCCUCCACAAAGAGCUCCACGUCGAAGCCAGCCAGCAAGCGCGCCAACAACACUGCUGUUGCUGAAUCCCCCUCUUUACCGUCCAGAGAGCUACAAAAAACGUCAGCCGCGAAGGGAUCGAGUCCAGGAGCCCAAACCGCCAAGCCGGCUGCUCCGAAAGCCCCGUCCGGUAUCAGACUGUUUGGAAGUACGGCACCGCCGUCAAAAGGCCUAUUCGCUACUUCGACACCUAACUUUUCAGACAAAACACUUUUCGGUGAACCUGGCUCG